AUGGGGGAGGAUCUGUUUUGGGCCAUUACAGGAGGUGGGGCCGCCAGUUUUGGCGUCGUGAUUUCGUGGAAGAUUAAACUGGUCUCCGUUCCCAAAACUGUAACCGUUUUCAAUGUCAGAAUCACUGUAGAACAAGGCGCGCUCGAUGUGGCCCAUCGCUGGCAAUUUGUGGCCCCACAUUUACCCAACGAGUUGUUCAUAAGAGCAACGCAUAGCGUAGUGGUUUCGACUACGAAAGAAGGCGAGUUCACAGUACAGGUUUCGUUCAUCGGUCUGUUUUUGGGAUCGACGAAGCCGCUGAUUUCGUUAAUGAAGCGGAGGUUCCCUGAAUUGGGUUUAAAGAAGAGCGAUUGCAGCGAAAGAAGCUGGGCCGAAUCCACUCUUUUCUGGUACGGCUUCCCAGAAGGAAGCACCAUUGAAAGUCUUCUCGACAGACCCAAAAACGGGUCGGUUUAUUUCAAGAGCAGGUCUGAUUACGUGAAGAAGGCGAUCCCAAAGGAAGGGAUCGCAUCGAUUUGGGAGACCAUGAUUGGGUUUGAGAACACCCAGUUGGUGAUGCAGUGGAACCCCUACGGAGGAAGAAUGGCGGAAAUUUCGGAAUCGGCGACUCCAUUUCCUCACAGAGCAGGGAACUUGUUCAAGAUUCAAUACCCACUGGCGUGGACGGAGGAAGGAACCAAAUCUGAAAAAUUCCAUCUGAAUAUGUCGAGAAGUUUGUUCGAUUUCAUGACCCCAUUCGUGUCGAGUUCUCCGAGGGAAGCAUUUUUUAACUACAGGGAUCUUGACAUUGGGGCGAAUCCAAGCGAUGAAACGAAUUAUGGGGUGGCGGAGGAAUUUGGAAGGAAGUAUUUUAAAGGGAAUUUUGAUAGACUGGUGGAAGUGAAAACGAGAGUGGAUCCUCAUAAUUUCUUCAGAAAUGAACAGAGUAUCCCUCCGCUGCCGAAUUCAAGAGGAAAGUUUCAACAUAAUUUAAACUAA